GUUCACAAACGCCUAGUGUUCCCCCUGCUGCCCUUUCCUUUCAUCCCAACAAAAGCCUGUCCUCCUUCCGCUUGGCCUUUCGUCCUUCAAGACUGACGGCUGCACCUUUUCCCAAACCCCGUCCACCUCCUGUCACUUCGAGAACCUCCUUGGGCCCCCACUUAGCGCCUGGGCCGCCCCUGGGCCCCGUCACGUCCUGCCGUAGCUCAGGGUUGUGUGUGUCUGUACUUUUUCCCUAAAUAGUCUGUCACUUGGAACCGGGUCUCCCUCUUUGUCCCUCUCGUUACUUGGAAACCCCACGGCUUCGUGCGUGGGAACAGCCCCCGUUUGCUGCGAGGACACUGGUGCCCUCAGUGUGAAAGCCAGGAGGGCUUCCCGCCUGCUUCCCGGAGCAGCAGCGACGGUGGGAUGUGCUGGCAGUGCCACAUCGGACAUGUGGUCACGUUCUAGCUUAAUGCGUCUCCUAACACGACAUGUUGUGUGGGGCACCGACGAGGAGAGCAUCCUGACCCUGCUGACGGCCCGCAGCAACGCGCAGCGCCAGGAGAUCGUGGCCGCCUUCAAGACCCUGUUUGGCCGGGACCUGCUGGACGACCUGAAGUCGGAGCUGACGGGGAAGUUCGAGAAGCUGAUCGUGGCCCUGAUGAAGCCCUCGUGGCUCUACGACGCCUACGAGCUGAAGCACGCCCUCAAGGGAGCGGGGACGGAUGAGAAAGUCCUGACGGAGAUUAUUGCUUCCAGGACCCCUGAGGAGCUCACGGCCAUAAAGAAAGUCUACGAGGAAGGUACAGGCUUCAACCUGCAUUUCUCAUACGGCUCGAGCCUGGAGGACGACGUGGUGGGGGACACCUCGGGGUUCUACCAGAGGAUGCUGGUGGUGCUCCUGCAGGCGAAUAGAGACCCCGACUCCGGGAUCAACGAGGCGCAGGUUGAACAGGACGCCCAGACGCUGUUCCAGGCGGGAGAGCUGAAGUGGGGCACCGACGAGGAGAAGUUCAUCACCAUCUUCGGGACGCGGAGCGUGUCCCACCUGCGGAGGGUGUUUGACAAGUACAUGACCAUAUCGGGGUUCCAGAUCGAGGAGACCAUUGACCGGGAGACUUCCGGCAACUUGGAGCAGCUGCUCCUGGCUGUCGUGAAGUGCAUCCGAAGCAUCCCCGCCUACCUGGCCGAAACGCUCUACUACGCGAUGAAGGGCGCCGGCACCGACGACCACACCCUCAUCCGGGUCAUCGUGUCCCGGAGCGAGGUCGACCUGUUCAACAUCAGGAAGGAGUUCCGGAAGAACUUCGCCACCUCGCUGUACUCCAUGAUUAAGAGCGACACGUCCGGGGACUACAAGAAAACCCUCCUGCUGCUCUGCGGGGGCGAAGAUGACUGAGGUGCCGCCAGGGACCCCGCCGUGCCCACCCGUGCCCGCCACCGCCCUCAGCACCGCUCGCCGCUCCGCCGCCCGAGCGCCACUCGCUGCCUUACCCCUGCCCGACGCCCUUGUCCCCACGCCCAUGUCCCCACGCGUGUCGCAGACGCAGGCACAGGGCUUCUCGCUCAUCCUUCCUCUCUGACUCGCCUCAAGCCACUUCCUCACUCAGACCAAAGCUGCCUCCCGCGUGUCCCUGGAAGAGGUGGCCCGAGGGUGUCACAGCGCUCACUGGCGGCCGGACUGGACGCCCAGCUGCAAGUUGGGAACCUGGAAGGCUCGUCGGCCGCUGGGCCACCGAGUGCCACCUGGACAUCGUGUGGGUGCCUUCAGAGGGUUAGCGCAAUAAACAUGUCCUCCCCCA